CGUUGAUACCAUUUCCUUAUCCUCAACCACCAAACGAACGACACCUUCAUCCCGGACAAUCCUCACCUGUUCAUCUGUCCUGCGAGCUGACCUAGACCUCCGGCUCCAGCUCCGCCGCCUCAUCGCCCUGAUCCGAUCGAGUUGCGCUUCAUCUCCUGACAAUCGCUCCGCCGUCUCACCCGCACCUGCGCUCCGCUCCUCCUUUUGGCCUCGCGCAGGCCAUUUCGCUCGUUCCUCCUAUCGCACCUCAAUCUGGCCACGGCUUUGACGACGUCCUCCUAGCGAGGCGAUUUCGCCGUCGCUCUCCUCGUUCCAGCCUUCACUUCGUGUUGAGAUUGUCUACAUUGCAACGAUGCUUCUACCCAAAGGCGGCGUGACCUGGAAGUCGGCCAAAGCCAGGUUACCACCAUGGAAAGCCAUAUUAAUGUUUUUGACCCGCACACGUUUCCUGGUCGCGGUCGCCCUAACCGGGCUCAUUGUCCUAUUAUGGAGAGGAAUCACUGUAUCAACACGAGAGAUGUCAAAUUUUUACUGCUUCGGCCCAUCGAAGCCCCCGACACAAUUGUCAAAUAAUGAAAUGGUGGCAUGGACCCAGCACCUCCAGACGCCUGUGCUGUUCAACCACCACGAGCCUUACGAAAUCAACUCCAGCACCAUCCAGCGGAUCGACUUGAACCCGAUCCAGUCGACCUCGCGCGCAGUGAGCAACCGUGAACGAGUCUUACUCCUUACACCCCUGCGAGACGCCGCACCGUACUUGAUGAAGUACUUCGACCUGAUCUACGAGCUGACAUAUCCGCAUGACCUGAUCGAUCUCGCGUUUCUGGUCGGCGACUCGACGGACGAUACACUGGCAGUCUUGUCGUCGGAGGUGAACAGGAUACAGCAAAGAACCGAUAAGAUUCCUUUCCAUAGCGUGACGAUUGUCGAGAAAGACUUCGGUUCCGAGCUGAAUAUGGAUGUUGAGUCGAGACAUGGAUUUGCGGCGCAGGGACCUAGACGGAAAGCUAUGGGAAGAGCACGGAAUUAUCUGCUCUACGCAGCGUUGAAGCCUGAACACUCCUGGGUGUACUGGCGCGAUGUGGACAUCGUGGACAGUCCGAAGAAGAUCAUUGAGGACUUUGUCGCACAUGACAGAGAUAUUUUGGUGCCGAAUAUCUGGUUCCACCGCUACGAAAAUGGUCGCGACAUUGAAGGCCGAUUCGAUUACAAUUCGUGGGUCGAGUCCGAUAAAGGUCGACGUCUAGCAAACAGUUUGGACAAGGAUGUCGUUCUCGCCGAAGGGUACAAGGAGUAUGACACUGGGCGAACGUACAUGGCACGUAUGGGCGAUUGGCGAAAUAACAAGGAUGAAGAGAUUGAAUUGGACGGUAUUGGCGGGGUGAAUAUCCUGGUCAAGGCGGAUGUCCACAGAUCUGGCAUCAACUUCCCAUGCUACCCGUUCGAAAAUCAAGCCGAGACGGAGGGAUUCGCAAAAAUGGCAAAGAGAGCUGGAUAUAAAGUCUACGGAUUGCCGAAUUAUGUUGUUUGGCACAUCGACACGGAAGAAAAACCAGGCAACGCAGCUUAAACGUCACCAUGAAGAUUUUGUCGCAACAAAGGAAAAAGCGCUUUGUUCAUGUCAUUAGCUUAUGGGUCAGGGUGGGUUCGGGGUUGGCGGUCCCUGGUGUUUGUUCAUGUAUUGCAAAGAAAAGAAGAACCGUCGCCGUCGAUGUUCUGGUUCUGCUUCUGGACUAGCAAUAUGUCUCUCACUCUCGGGCGGCAGUUACAGCGACUUCAGGUUCAUGGGAUCAGGUACACUAAUACAGUAUCAUAACGUGCUUGACCUCGACCUCGGCCCCGACCUUGCAGCUUGACUUUGAUCCAGGGCUGUUCUUUUCGUCUCUGCUGUUCGUCUGCUUGUUAAUGUUGCCAGUCGCCAGACGCGUUUCUUGCCCGGCAGAUUAAAGCAUAUCUUGCGACGAAACCGCCAUCUUUCGGCGCUCACACCUGAACGACUCAUAUCGCCUGCCUGGGUAUCAAUGGGGAUAUGCACUUCUGGACAAAAGGGAAGGUGCUUGCUAAGUAAAUCCCAAUGGCUUGCUUGAAUAGAUGGUUG